AUAUUUUCAUACCUGGUCCUCAGAAAUCUGCUGCCAAGCCUCUGCAAGCACCCCAGAAUUUUUCAUCCUCAACACCAUAUGUAGGCUCUGGUGCACCAUCUUCAAUGUAUCUCGGUGUGCCACCUUAUGGUUCUUCCCUCUUCAACGGGUCAUCGAUUCCUCCAUAUGAUGUUCCAUUUUCAGGAGGCUCAGCCUAUCAUUAUAACUAUGGUACCCGGCUUUCUGCUGGCAGUCCAUAUCGACCACUGCAUUUGUCUGGACCACCCCCUUAUUCUGGUGGAUCCAUGAUGGGUAAUGUACCAGGUGGAAUGUAUGGCAUGCCUCCAUUAAUGGACCGGUACGGUUUGGCUUUGCCCAUGAGCCCUGCUGCUGCUAUGGUAUGUACUGAAAUCCAUUUCUUUGGAAUGGUUGCUCUUUUGUAGGAUUGAGAAUCUGAGUGAAAUUUUCUGCAUGUAAUGACUGAUAGUGUGAAUAAGAUUUUCUACAUGUGGCA